AAUAUCAAAUCACUUUUAACAUUAAAAAUUCAUCCAUCAAGAAAUUACAUAUUCAUCUCAUUUAUGAUUUAGAGAAUAUCUAAUAGUGACGACACAAAUUCUAAGUGAAAUGCCGUGGAUAUCACAGAUUUGAACAUGACGACACUGGUGCACACGUGGACCCGAAAAUUCUCACAGCACCGAGUUAUGACUGUGACUAGAACUUUAUCGGAUCUGAUGAGCGAGUACAAGGGGUACCAGCAGAACAUCACGCGGCCGUUGUUCGUCAUUCUUCUCGACACCGAGCAGACUAUGAUCGAGUUUAGCGUGACCACGAAGACCAUAAAACCUAUAUCUUUCCCCUUCUGGCUCGUUAUAUUUCUUCAGCAUCUUGGAAAUAAUCCUCUCGAAGAGUACUGCAGACAUCCUACUGAUAAUGUAUUUAACGUGGAUUUUGGCACUCAGAUGUUGGUCCUGUGCUACGAUCGCCCAAACCUGGUCGAAUGGUAUGCCAUUCGUGAUAAUCGCACCAGAACAUUCGAUCUAGCCACAUGGACUCCCGACAAAGGUCUAAUCUUGAAGACGCUGGAGAACGUUUACGCCAGGAGAAGCGACAUGUUCGGCGACGUUAUACGCGUGGGAUCAGUAACCACGUCCCCGCUGGUCACACAUAAGAAUGAUGGUACGCUCGGCGGAUAUCUUGGUACGCUGCUGACACAACUCAGCAAAGAGAUGAAUUUCACGGUAAAGUUUUUGAAUCCGGUUGAGGCAUUUGGCUGGUUGAAUGAAGAGGGGACAGCUUGGACAGGUGUGAUCGGCCAAUUAAUGGCUGAUGAAGUUGAUCUCGGCGUAUCCGCGUUUACGAGGACAACCCGCAGACAAAAUGUCGUCGACUUCACGAUACCAUUGACACGCUCGCAUUAUCGUCUCUAUUAUAAGGAGGUUAAAAUUAACGAAGUGAACUGGUCCACGUACUUUAGGGCAUUCAGCUUUGAAGUUUGGAUAUCAUUAGUAAUAAUAAUAGUUAUCGCUACAAUUAUGUUGACUAUUAUGAAGGCAAAGGAGUUCUCGAUAAAUUUAAUAUUCGAAAACUAUAUUAAGGUUUGGGGAAUUUAUUGUCAACAGAGUCUGCCAGGAUUUCCUAAAGAUUCACCAAUGAGGUUGGCUUUUCUCUCGAUUUAUGCUUCAUCAAUAGUAACUUUGUCCAUGUAUUCUGCCUCUGCGAUCAGCUAUAUCACGCUGUCUACUACGCACAAAUCGCUUUUUACUACUUUGGAAGGUUUCGUUAAGGAUGGUUCUUAUAAAUUUCUCGUAUUGCUAAACAGCGCUGAAUACGACCUUCCUAGUCGUACUAAGGACCCCGUGUUCAUUAAACUGUAUACAUUAAAGGAUGAUAGAAAGAAUUUACCAGCAACAUUGUAUGAAGGAUUCGAACAAAUCUGCAGACGACCAAAUGUCGCAUUUUAUACGACGAUUUUGAACACAGCUUCCUUGGAUCUUAAUCUGAAAUGUACGAUAGGAUAUAUUGGCUCUGGAAGAAUCGAUAAUAUGGGACUAAUGCUACAGAAAGGUAGUCCGUACACUAGGUUCAUAAAUUAUCAAUUGCGGCGAUUUAACCUUAAUGGUGUUAUGAACAAGUUGAAAAAUGAAUAUAUGUCACCAAAUGUUCCUUUCAGUGGGACUGUUUUCGAAAAUGUCAGUCUUGUAGACGUAACGCCGAUUUUGACCAUAGUGUUAGGAAGUAUGAUCCUAGCACUAUUUAUCUUGAUAUUCGAAAAAAUAUAUAAUUCGUUUAAAACUCGACUUGAAAAGAAGUUGUUUAGAGACAUUAAAAAAUUUAAUAAUACUGUCAACAUAAGGAAUAAAUUGCAAAAGAGAAACAGUGAUCUAAAUCCAAUACUUAAAAAAUUUGAUUAUAGUAGACCGUUUGGAUAUUUGCCAUAACAAAAAGAAAAGAACUGCUUUGAAUGUUAAGUAUAUACAAAGACGUAAAAUAAUAUCUACGAUAUAUAAUCACGUUUAUAAAUUUAUGUAUUAA